UCUGCCUGAUCUCCUCCUCAAGCCCAAGCGACUGACAGGCCUGCAUUGACUUCCUGACGGAUCACUGCAACUUUGUGGCUCGAGGAGCAACUUAAGGUCGUUUCUCAUCGUAAACGCUCGCGUCAGAUGCACAUAUAUCCGUCAGCCCUAACCCAAUGACCCAGCAAGAGCAGCAUGAGUUCAGGGAAAGUUUGGCGGAAGCCAUUUCCUGGAUGCAGGCCGUCCAGGAGAGACUUAAGCAAAACGAUAACACCCAAGGACCCAGAUCAGCGCUGGAGGUCAGGCUCCGAGAGACCGAGAAAAUUCAUAGCUCAGAGCCUGAAGGCCAUGUGAAGAUGGACAGGGUGUUGGUGGUAUAUAUGUAUUAUAUAUAUAUGAAGCUCUGCUUAUAUGUAAAUGGAGAUGAAGAGAUGAAGAAUCAGACUCUUGCGAAACUCAAAUAUAUAAAAGCAUUUUGGGAGGACACAGCAACAUAUAUCAUUCACUGUCACAGUCGUAUCGAGUGGGUGUGGCUGCACUGGAGCGAAUACCUGAAGGCCCAUGAGGAGUUUGGGAUGUGGCUGGAGAAGAUGCACAGGUCUCUAGAGCCUCUGCUUGAAAUGCAGCUGGGUCUCCAAGAGAAGCUUUGGCAGGUGGAUCAUCUGCGGGUCCUUCACUGUGACAUUCAAGCCCAGGCUGAGUUUCUGGAGAGGCUUCUGGAUGAGGCUGCAGCCCUGUUCAACCGCACCGAAGACCCCAGCAUAGAUGAGAAGGCUCAGCAGGGUCUUCAAGAUGCAUACAACCACAUUCGUGACCGAGCACAGGAGAGAUUAACAUUUGCACAGAAAAUAGCAGAGGAGCACCAGCAGUACCAAAGUUGCUUUGAUAAAUUUCAAUCCUGGCUGAUGUCUAAAACAGAAGAAGUCAGCCGUUUCAGCGACAUGAAGGAUACGACGCAAAAUAGGCUGAAAGCCCUGCAGGAACUGGAUGCUAGUAUAGCCAAAGAAGAGCUCGCUCUCCAGCACAUUGAAAACCUCUCUGAAGCUGUGAAGGCUAACACGUCUCCAGCAGGUGCGGAAAAGAUCACAAAAGAGUUGGAGGAAUUGAGGCAGGCCUGGCAGAGGUUACGCCGCUCACUGCUGGAGAAUCAAGAAGAGCUCCAGAGCUCACUGGACUCUGAGUGCGAGUAUUCAAACCGUUGUAAGGAGCUGUGGGCGGACCUGGAGCGGCUUCGAACCUUGGUCCAGAAUCUCAGCAGUGAUCUGGAAAGCAAGGAUGGAGAGAGGACUGAGGAAAACAUGGUAGCUCAAUGGAAGACGCACACGGGAGUGCGCAACAAGCUCAUUGCAGAGGAGCCCAUGGUGGAACAGCUGAAAUCCCGGUUGAAAGAGCUAUUCCGAUUCCCACAAGACUCCAAAAGCCUGUCUGAUGAGAUGCUAGCUGUGGUGAAAGAAUACCAGAGCGUGAAAGGCAGAUCUUUCAGGCUGUCCUCUGAGAGCGAGAUGGCCCUACGACAGAUACUGCAGGAUCCUCUGUAUGGCUUCAGCCAAUGGAGUCAGAUGGUUUCUCAGGUACUGGAGGCCUCCUCCGAGGUGACAGAUUUCUCCCAAAUCGCUCUGCUUGUGCAGCAUAUAGAGAAGUUACUUAAAAACAGCGUGCAGCUCCAGGAGCGCUUGAGUUCGCUCCAGGUGAAGAGUGAUCUGCUCAGCUCAGUUUUUGGCCAAGAGAAAGCUGCCGAUCUGUUGGAAGAGCUCAGCGGGGAUGUGAGGAAGAGAGAGUUACUCCACAGCCAGCUCCUACAGCGCAAGAACCGCCUGCAGGGUUUGAUAUCAAAGACGAAGGACUUUUCAGAUGCCUUUGACUCCAUACGCAAAAAACUAACCUCCAUAAAGGAGCGGUUCAUCACGACGGAUGGACUUCAACCUGACAUUCUUGCCAAGAAGACCCAGGCCGACCAACUCCGGGUCAUUAGAAAGGACUUGGAAGAUUGUGAAGCCCAGAUCAUAGCUCUUGAGACGCUGGUGUCAUCCAACCCUGCAAACAGGACAAAGUUUGAACGUCUGUAUGCAGACUGGAAAUUGCUUUAUAAGGCGGUUCGGAUAAAGGUGAAUGAAAAUGAGGAGAACAUCGCAGAACAUGAGAGCUUCCAUGACAAUAUUCUGAAUAUGGAGAAGUGGUUAAUGAUCAUGAGACAGAAGUUGGAAUCGUUUCGUGGAUCAGAUGUGGAAUGGAGCAUCAAUAACCGCCAGCAUGAGGCUGAGAGGGCGCUUGGAGAGUUUCCAGAGAAGGAGCUUCAGCUUCACCAGACAGAGGCUCAGGGCCAGACUGUGCUGGCCAGAACCUCUGAUGAAGGCAAAGUUCACAUCCAGCAAGACCUUAAACGCCUCAGAGAGACCUGGAUGUCCCUCCACAAGCUUAGUCUCAAUCUCUUCAGGCUUCUGAAUGAACGUGCAGCCUCUGGCGACCAAGAUUCCCUGUUACAUAGAACUGAGUUCUUGGACAGAUGGGCAGAAGGGCAUCACCAGGGAAUGGCUUCAAACUUUGAAGUGCAACAUGCCAAAGAAGAUGAAGGAACGGACCAGCAUCAGAGAUCCUACUAUGGAUCAAAAUCAACAGGCUUCCCAGAUCGGAAGAGGAACAUGGAAGCAAAUCUGGAUCGAAUUCGAAUUGUGCUUCCUGAGGGCGUCUCAAGACCAGGAGGUUCAGAGGUCUGGAGAGGAGAGUGGACUUACCAAGACCAGUCCAUAGAUGAUGAGGUGGAUGCAGUCAUAUCUGGAAGUGACCGUAAGGGCAACAGGAAGCUGACUGGGAUGGAGGAAGGUGACAUGCUCAGCAGUGGUGGUUGGACUGGGGAGUGGGUUGAACAACACAAAGAUAGUUCUGGGAUUGAAGACCUGGAUAUAAAAGAUAGAUACAGCUUUCUAAGUGGGACUGAUUCUGAUGCACAGAAAAGGAUGUGGCCAUCACAGAUCCCCUCUGAUGACAUUCAGAUGGGCUCUCAUGGGUCCCAGGAUCAUGCUGAUAUGGAGGCACAGAGGAGGGAGUUUGAAGCGUGGCUUCACAAGGAAAAUGACAAACUCACAGGAAUUCUGAACAACCAAAGAUCCUUGAGCGCUAAAGAACUGAGGAUAAGACAGAAUACUCUCAAGGGUUUACGUGCCAAUGUGACUUGGGGUCAGAACCAGUUCCAGAAGUUGAUGGACGGUCGGCAGAGUAAGUCGGCAGAGGAGGAUGUGGAACUAGAAGAGCUGCGUUACCGCUGGAUGUUGUACAAGUCCAAACUUAAAGAGGCUGGUGACCUCAAAGGUCUGCUGAAAAACAAGGGUGUCAGCGGACAAGAACAGGAGCAUGUCCGAUCUGGAAAGGCGAACAGCGGCCUCAGCUUCCUAUACCGCGUGUGUCGCGUGGCUCUUCCUCUCCAGCUCCUGUUGUUGGCCCUGCUUCUGCUGGCCUUCCUGCUGCCCAUGAUGGACGAGGGCACCAGCUGUUCACUGUCUAACAACUUCGCCCGCUCCUUCAACAUCAUGCUCCGCUACGACGGACCUCCACCCACUUAAGCGGCGACAGACGAAAGCAGCUUUUAGAAAACAAAACAAAGCAAUCCGUGCUUGUGUUUAUAUAACAAAAACUUAUAUUUUUUAUCAUUGUUCGGUUAAUGUUUUAAGUCAUUAUAUUCUUGGUUCUCCGCUGGUCUCGCUCCACCAUACACCCACUGGUGGACCCAGCAGAUCAAAGCUCUGUUUGUUUGUUUGUGUGUGUGUGUGUGUGUGUGUGUGUGUGUGUGUGUGUGUGUGUGUGUGUGUGAGAGAGAGAGAGAAAGUGUGUGUGGGUGGAUGGCAUAGACGCUCACAACCUGCUCGACAUGAUUCAAGCUGUUCAUUUCUCUACAGGCGUUUGGAGAAACCAGUGCAGCUUUUGCAAAGAGCAAAACUCCCUUAAAGACAUCUACUCAGGAUCCAUCGCAAAUCCCUCAUGUUUUUUAUGUUCGUUCUGUUUGUAGCUAGUUACUAGAUACUUAAAAGGAUGGUUCACCCAAAAAAAGAUGUUCUGCCAUCGUUUACUCACCCUCAUGUUGUUCCAAACAUGUUUGAUUUUCUUUGUGUUACGGUAUUUUUUUAAAAAUUUGCAGUGAAAGUCAAUUGGUUGUUUUGAACCCCACUGGCAUUCAUUGUAUGGAUUAAAAAAAAAAAAUCUUAAUUUAAGACAUGAGCAUGACAGAAUUAAAAUUUUUGGGUGAGCUGUUCAUUAAAAUAAUUUUAAUACUGUGGUGUGUCUUAUAUUUAAACAGAAUUGUGCAUGUUUUAAUUCAUAUCACUUGUUUAAAAUCUUUUAUUUGCCGUUUUACUCGAGCCACUCGAAAAACUAAACUGUGUUUGAUAAUAGGUUUUAACUUAUCACUGUGUUGCGGGUAUUGAUUCUAAUCAUCUAAAAGGUUCAAAACUAAGCUCUGUUUGAGACGUUCUUGAUAUUUUUGUGAAUUUUAGAAGAGGAAACGGUCAAAAUCAACACAGACAUUCCUGUAUCACUCCAUAGCAAAGGUGCUCUGCACAUGUCGUUUUCUUUCAAAGGUUUUUGGAAGUGGUGAUUACAGAAUCAUAUUUUUGAGCUUUAGGACUGAGUUUUGGCAUUGGUUUGCCUCUGAUUGUUGUUAUAGGUUAUUGUAAGUGUGUUUUGCAGGCAUAGAUUAUGGAGUAAAAAUAGCCCUGUUUGGGGAGAAUGUCCUUUUUUGAACAGAAUGUUGGAACUCUGUGACCUUCUUGGUCUGCUUUUCUUUUCUUUCCUUUUUUGCAAGCAGUGUCUCAGCUGGGAUUUUUAAGGGCCCAAAACCAUCAGAGGUUGAGUUCAGUUAUUUUUUCAGGACUGCUUCUUUAAGGUCAUGGUUUGAUGAAAGGAAUGCCUGAAUUAAUUUUUUGUCCAGAACAAAGGCUUUUUUCGACAAAUCUUGUCUUUCAGAGAUGGCAAAAGUCAAAAUUCCUUUUUGAGCACAUCCUUGAGCUUUAUGCUUGCAGUGUUAGACAUGUUAUUUAGAGGCUAAUUGCAUGGCUUUGCAGCUUUAGUAUUACACAUACGCACACCGCACUGAACUGCUUUUAUUCUGUAGCAAAAUGCCCUUUUAAAAUUGUAUUCAGACCCCUCUACAUAUCUAUAUUAUGUUAGAACUGUACAUUAAUAUGUGAUGCACUAUCUAAUGUUAAAUGCAUUAAUAAUAGUGCAUGGUCAGAAAGAUGCGUAACAGAAAAUAUGCUGCAUUUUCUAAAAAAAAAAAAACAAACAAAAAAAAAAAAAACGAAAUGUUGAAGCUGGGCAUAUCAGCUUAUUGCACUGCUUUAUUGUCUGUAUUUAUAGGAAUAGUCACCCAGAAAUUAAAAUUUGCCUUAAAUGUAUUCAUCCUCAGACUUUACAAGAUGUAGAUGAGUUUGUUUCUUCAUCUUAACAGAUUUGGAGAAAUUUAGCAUCACUUGCUCGAUGGGUGCCGUCAGAAUGCCCAAACAUCACAAUAAUCCAAUUCCAGUUAAUACACAUGACCCCAGUCCAUCAGUUUGUAUCUUGUGGCUCAAAACUGUGUGUCCAUCAUUUUUAAACCCAAAUUUGAAAUUAUGGCAAAAUUUGUCCUCUAUUCAUAAUAUUGGUUUGUCCUAAAGUAUAAAACGUAAAAAAAAACAUCUGAAUUAGGAGAAAUAUCUGCACAGAUCAAGCACUGUUUAUAAGCAAAACCAGUUCUAAAUAUGCCGGAACUUACUAUUAUAGUUUAAGACUGGUAUUUUAUCAAGAAGUGAUGAUUUUAAAGUUAAAACGGCUUAAUAAUGGAUUUGUUUCUUGGAAACACUCAACUUUUCUCUUCAUACAGCUUAAACUGAUAGACUGGAUGGCUGUGUUUUUAUCAGCUGUUAAGUGUCUCAUUUUGACGGCACCCAUUCACUGCAGAGUAUCUGUUGGUGAGCAAAUGAUGUAAUGCUAAAUUUCUCCAAAGCAGUUUCGAUGAUGAAACCAACUCAUCUAUUUGAAUGACCUAAGAGUACAUUUUCACCAAAUUGUUAUUUUUCAGUGAACUAUUCUUUUACUCUCUAUUUAUGUCACUGCAAACCCUUUAAUGAUCUAUGCUUGUUUCAAAUACUGUAUGUUCCAUUAGGCUGCAAAUGCUAGACUGUACAAAAUUCUGCUAAAACGGUUCAGCUGUGAUCAAAGAUGUAAACAAGAUCACCGUAUAACGUAUGCUAAUAUAGCUAGUUUACAGCACUGUGUGCGUAAGAGAGUUUUCUCAUUGGAGAUAUUUAAUUUGGGAAGAAAGUACUGGAAAUUAUUUUUAAAGACUUAACAAAAUCAAAUGAAAGCAUGUAGAAAAUAUAGCGACUUCAAAUGCAUGAAGGGUUGGAAGACAAUGUAUUAACAAAAAAAGGUCAAAUUUAUUUUAUUACCAUAUUUUCAACUCUUAUGAUGUGUGUUUAAACUGAUUGAUAUAUAUAUGGUAUGAGCAUAUAACCAGUAUUUUUGUAUUUUACUCCAGGCAAUAAACAUGCAGUGCAUUUUCA